UUCUGUUAUAACAUGUCUGAGGAGCUGUGUCAAGCGUACUUAGUAUUUCCCGAGUGAUUUCGUCCACGUGCAAGAUGCUUCCCAGGCAUGUCAUUGUAAUUUUAACAUAAUGGAUUCAACACUCUCUGUGUGUUGUUCUGUGUGGUAGAGUGGAUGCUAUGUACGUUGUGAAGAGGCUAGCCAGUGGCACAGGCCCAAGUGGAAAACAAGCUCCACACACCAUUGACAUAGCGGGCCACACUUUCAGUACAGAUGACUGGACCAAUGUUAAUCAAGGAGUGCUUACAAAACUUGGUCGGAAUCUGCAUAUGCAAAAAAAUCAUCCACUCAAUUUGAUAAAAAGAAGAAUAGAAAACUUCUUUUACAAACACUACAUAAAUCGCAGAAGUAAUCCAAUAUUUUCAGUUUAUGAUCAGCUUAGCCCAGUUGUAACACUUGAACAGAACUUUGAUAGUUUAUUGGUGCCGUUUGACCAUGUUAGUCGAUCAAGGUCAGACAGCUAUUAUAUCAACUCCAAAUAUAUGUUGCGGGCACAUACAUCAGCACAUCAGAGAGAUCUGAUGAAGUCUGGACUAGAUGCCUUCCUUGUUGUUGGAGAUGUGUACCGAAGAGAUGAAAUUGAUGCCAGUCAUUACCCAGCAUUCCAUCAGCUGGAAGGUGUCCGGCUUUUCACAGAAUUUGAGUUAUUUAAGGAUGUGUCAGACUCAACAAAUCUGUGCCUGUUUGAAGAUGGAAAGAGACUUACUGACAAACAGGCUUUCCACACAACUGAUGCUGCUAAACUUGUGGAACACAGUCUGAAGACAACACUGCAAGACCUGACAAUCAGCCUCUUUGGAAAGGAUGUUGAAUUGCGCUGGACAGAUAGUUAUUUUCCCUUCACCCAUCCCUCAUGGGAACUGGAGAUUAAGUUUCAAGGAGAGUGGCUGGAAGUCCUUGGUUGUGGCAUUAUGGAACAGGAGCUGCUGCAGUCAGCAAGUACAGCAGACAAGAUCGGCUGGGCAUUUGGUUUGGGCUUGGAAAGGCUGGCAAUGAGGCUCUACUCCAUUCCAGACAUACGCUUGUUUUGGAGCUGCGACUCAGGAUUCCUCUCCCAGUUUGAUGGGGUUCCCCCCGAGUCUGAUGUCAAAUACCAGCCAGUCAGCCAGUAUCCACAGUGUACAAAUGACAUUUCAUUCUGGGUUCCUGACAGCUUUACACCAAAUGAUUUCUAUGACCUUGUGCGCUCAGUUGGUGGUGACCUUGUGGAGCAGGUCAACCUUGUGGAUGAAUUCCUUCAUCCAAAGAAACAACGACAGAGUCACUGCUACCGUAUCAUCUACCGGCAUAUGGAAAAAACCUUGACGCAGGAAGAGGUCAACGUCAUACAUAGCAAGAUUGAAAGAGAGGCUGUGCUAUUGUUGGGUGUAGAAAUUAGAUGAUGUUCAAGGAAUGUGUUUAUACUGUAGUAAGUGUGAUAUGCAAGUGAUAAGAAUAACCUCUGUGUACUUUGGUAAGGCAUGUUCAGAUUUAAUACAAGCUUUUCAUUAUUGGCUGUUUCAUGGCCCUACAAAGACCAGCAGAUAACGGACAAUAACAGUACAGUGAUAUUUGGAUAAAUUUUUUACUGUUUAUUUGAAGUAUUUAGAGAUAGGAAUGAUAUUCUAGAUGUAAUUAAGACGACACAUCAUGUGUCUGACGGUGCUGCAGCACAGUGAGUGAGUGAGGGCUAGUUCAUUAGCUGUAUAUUUACUUCUGGCAUUGUUAAAUACAGUUAUUAUGAACACCACUUAAACAUACUUGCAGUGUGUGCAAGUGCUUCCUACAGCUUUGGACAUGUGGCAGAGUGGCACUGUCUGGUUAGCACAUUGGCAGGAUUCAUAGCCAUAUGCCACACAUUCCUAGGUCAGGUUGGAGGUGGGACAUUUUGUAUCUUUAAGAUGACAUCGAACACGACCUUUAUUUUCCGACUCUGUAAAUAUGCAAAAUGCCUUGGAAGGCAAAGGGAGUUAAUUUCAGUGAAGUUUAUGAAUAAAAAAGCAUGGGAGAGAA